AUGUCAUUCGGUCGUCCGGGAACAUUCGAUAACUGGAAGGUCUCGCCUCCAGCGAGAGGGUCAUUCCCGCUAGACCACGACGGCGAAUGCAAGACAUUCAUGAUCUCCUACCUGAAAUGCCUCAAGGCCAACGCGGCGGAUAACGGGGUUUGUCGGCCCGAAUCGCGCAAGUACUUGGAGUGCAGGAUGGACCAUGGUCUGAUGACGAGGGACGAUAUGGCCAAUCUCGGGCUCGGCGAUGUCGGAACGCAACAUACCGCUUCAGCACCUAUAAAUCCACCCGAUGCCGCUACCAGCACAACGAGGAUAUGA